AUGGACGACUUUGGCGUGUUAGCCAGGGACUUUGGCUUCAAGCCCCAAGGGAAAUCAGCUCCAAUGGCGCCGCAGAAAGCGAACGCGGGAAUCGGAUCGCAGGGUAUGGAUCGCUGUGCUCGAUCAUCGUCGACAUCAUCUCCGUUCGAUCACAAUCGAGAUGGAUUAUUGUUCAACGAUGUUUUUGGUGGACCUCCGAAACACACGAGCGACAAAAACAGUAAAUCGGCAUCUUCGGUGUCGGAUUUCGAAUACGAUUCGAUUUUCAAGGGUUCAUCGACUUCGGGCAACGAUGCAAAGAACAGGUCUUCAUCGCCGGUAUACGAUAAACCUGUCUAUGACGAAGACAUUUUCGAUGGCUUGCCCGGGUUGAAGAGUAAAUCGACUUCUUCCUCCCUUAGAUACGAUGAGGAUGUGUUUACGAGCAUUUCUUCUCAGUCAAAUGUGAAUCAGAAACAAAGUGCUCCAUUUGAUGAUCUUUUUGUGAAUUUAGGCCGGACAGAGAAGUCUGAGCUGAAGAGUAACAAUAGUUCAAGAGGUUUUGAUGAUCUACUACCCGGGUUUGGGGGCAGCAGUCCCACAGGGAGUGACAGGUAG